AUGGAACUUGAUAUACUCAACAUAUCAAAUGCUGAUCAGCUUAGGCUGGGAGAGACUCACGCGCUCUCCACGACAGUUGCCGUUCUUCCAACGUGGCCCCUUUGGCAAUAUGUCGUGACUGCAAUCCUCGGUGUAAUCCUCUAUGAUCAAAUCAUGUAUAUCAAGCGCAAGGGCUCCAUUGCUGGGCCCACUUUCAAGAUUCCGCUUAUGGGCCCAUUUCUUCAAGCCAUCAACCCCAAGUUUGAAGCGUAUCUUGCACAGUGGGCGAGCGGGCCACUCAGUUGUGUUUCUGUCUUUCAUAAAUUUGUUGUGCUCGCCUCCGACCGAGAUAUCGCCCACAAAGUGUUCAAGUCACCCUCAUACGCUGAGCCUUGCAUUGUCCCGAUCGCAAAGGACCUUCUGGGUAGAAAAGCAUGGGUGUUCCUUCAAGGCAGAGCCCAUGCGGAGUAUCGGAGGGGACUCACCCCGUUGUUCACCAACAAGGCCAUUUCUACCUACCUCCCCGUCCAAGAUAGAGUCUUGGAACAUUAUUUUGAAAAGUUUGUUGCGACAAGUGCAGAGAACUCCAUGCAGCCAUCUUCAUUCAUGCCCAUAUUCCGCGAGAUAAACUGUGCCCUUUCUUGUCGCACCUUUUUUGGCGAAUACAUAUCCCAAGAUGCUGUGAAAAGGAUCGCCGACGACUUCUAUCUAGUCACUGCUGCUAUGGAGCUAGUCAACAUUCCCCUUUCGAUGUACGUUCCGUUCACCAAGCCCUGGCUGGGUAAGCGAACUGCCGAUGCUGUUCAUGUCGAAUUUGCAAAAUGCGCCGCAGCAUGCAAAGCAAACAUGGCAACGGGUGCGAAGCCCACCUGCAUCGUGGAUCACUGGGUCCUUCACAUGAUGGAGUCGGAGCGAUACCGGGAGAGAAUUGCCGCCGAGGAGACAGAUGUUGAAAAGCCGACGAAUCUAAUUCGAGAAUUCACAAAUGAGGAGAUCGGCGAAACCCUCUUCACAUUCCUCUUCGCAUCUCAAGACGCGUCUAGCAGUGCUACCACGUGGCUAUUCCAAGUCCUAGCCCAACGCCCGGAUGUACUCAAUAGACUGCGAGAAGAGAACCUAGCUGCACGCGGUGGCGACAGGAACAAAUCCUUCGACCUUCCUAUGCUCGAGUCUCUCACUUACACCACCGCCGUAAUCAAGGAACUUCUUCGCCAUAGACCACCCGUCAUCUUUGUGCCCUACCUUGCGACGAAAAACUUUCCCGUUACGCCUAACUAUACGGUGCCGAAGGGUUCUAUGAUCAUUCCCUCAUGCUACCCAGCACUGCAUGAUCCCAAUGCUUAUCCAGAUCCCGAUUCAUUCGACCCCGAUCGCUGGAUUACCGGAGAUGCCGAGACCAAGACCAAGAACUGGUUAGUUUUCGGCGCGGGCCCGCAUGAUUGCCUUGCUAGAAGAUAUGUGCCACUAUCUAUGGCUGGCAUGAUUGGGAAGGCAGCACUCGAGCUGGAUUGGAAGCACCAUCCGACAGAAAAAUCGGAAGAGAUCAAGGUUUUUGCGACACUAUUCCCCAUGGAUGGAUGCCAACUAGUUUUCACCAAACGUCAAUAG